CAGGAAGAGAGCACAAUACCUUAACGGUCAUGCUUUGAAGCACACCCCUUUCUAAGAAACCCAACGGAACCACGCACUCGGGGAAACCUUACGCUUAUAACAUGGAUUCGCCUAAAAUAGUAUAUAAAUAUUACUCAAACCCCGCCUUUUGCGGGCAGAGCGAAGCUUACACCAAAUAUGUCAAAAGUCCGGACAGAAGAAUGUCCCCGCUGGGAGGAAAUUCACCAAGAAAAGUCGAAUACAGCAACAGGAUACUUAGGACAGACAUUUCUGAUAAUCCUCUAAGGAUAUCGCCAGCAGGCGCUAUGAGAAACAGAGAUGAGCCUCCAGAAUUGCCGCCGAAACCACCGAAGUUCCAAAAACAGUUCCAUAGGCAGUCUUCCUUGAUGUGUAAGCCUACACGAACUCCUGUGAGAUGUAGGACAAGAAGCGAAGACUUAGAAAUGGCACAAUUUAAAAUACAGAAGACUAAAUACGAUAGAAACGCUGAAAGCGAUGAUGGUUUAGAAGACAGCCGUGUUAAACACAGAUACGAAGUUAUUAGAGACGAUUUCGAUGAUCUAGCAGACUAUUCUCCAACGAAAAAGAGGAUAAUAGAAGCGAAUGCCAACGAAAUAGAAGAAUAUAAUGUCGACGCGCCAGAUGAACACGAAUUGAAAGAAAUACCAACUGAAAUCGUAAAAACUGUCAAUGGAAAGACGCAUAGAUACGCAAUUGUACCUUCAGACGAUGAUGAACCAGUUAAAAAACACAGUGUUACCAUAUCCAGCCCUGUAAUGACGAAGAAGAAUAUAAUAGCGACACAGAAACUACAUGAACUGCUGUCAACGCCUAGGAAAUUAAAGAGCUAUGCCAGCCAACCGUCUGUAAGGAUAACUCCUAAUAAGGCUACAAGUCCUAAUCGCUAUACAGGCACUCCUCAAAAGAUUAUGCACAGUACACCGACUCAUGGAGUUACACCGUCAAAAUCUUGUGCUAACUUGACGUCGCCAAGAAAUGCCACGUCUCCUAUAUCCCCUAAAGCGCAACAGAAGUUACAUUACGGGACUCCAGAAGAGUUUGAAAGGCAUGAUGUGUUUGUGACUAGUUUUAGGGAGAAGAGUCGGGAACGAAGUUUUGAUAUGGACAGGAGAGAGAUGAGUAGGGAGAGUAGGAGGGAGUAUGAAAGAAGAAGUCCGAAGAAGGAGAAGAAAAGUACAGCGGUUAUUGUGCCCAGGGUAGCAGCACCACCAUCAGUGUACUCCGAAGAGACAUACAAGUCCUUCAACAGCACGAAAACCAUGAGUGCUGCCGCCGCGUCACUCACUAUAGCGGCUUUGAUGCUCACUCUGAGCGGUGGACUCACUACUGGACUUAGCUUUUAUAUGAUGUAUACGCUUGGCCGACGGUACUAUCUGGACUUCGGAGUGCUCGCGGGCUUCACCUGCUUUCUGCUGGGGCUCCUAGGGCUGCGCUCGCGUCGCCACCAGCUGCUGCCGAACAGGAACUACAUCUCAGGUUACAUCGUUCUCUCCUCCUUCUCUCUCCUCAGCGCGUUCGGUCUCCUCCUCCUCCUCUCCGUCCAGCCCACGCCCGGGACUCCGCUCAGCGACAUAACCUCAGGCGCCGUGUGCGCCGUGUCCGCGUUGUCGUUGUUCGUGGCGACCUUGGGAGUUUUCGCCUCGUACUGCUGCGCGAGGGAUCCGCCUGAUAACAGAGUGGGGACAGUGAGAUGGUAUUAG